AUGGAACAAGAAUAACACUGAAUUUAAAUUCUUGCUUAGGUAUUUCUUAUUCUAUAGCAAUUAAGUAUACUUGAAUGGUUCGAUUAUCCUUUUUUUUUUACGAUAAACGACAACCAAAUUAAUUUGCACAGACAAUUAGUUUAAACUAUUGCACAAAAUCACUCAAGCCAAGAUUUACAGCUUCGUUCAAAGAUCCUGAUACACCUAACCCAUACUGACAUAUUAUUUAACUUGGGCAAUUUCCAUCAUGUCAUCUACAACACCUAGAAUCCCUUCGGGAAGAGCAUCAUUCAUUCCUAGUAGUCCUUUGCCUCCUAUGCCAGUUUCAACCACUUUAAGCACCCCUCCUCUCACACCACCAAAGAACAAUCCUCCGAAACGACGAAAUACUACGAUUGGUGAUGACGAAUCGAUAUUCGAUACAGUAUGGAAAGCAACGUGUAAAACUGGUAAUACAAUCGCACCUAAUGAAUUGUUCAAGUUGUUACGGCUGUUGGAACUAGAUUUGACUUCAGCUAACAGCAGCAAUAACUUCCUCACUAAUGACACAGUUAUCAAACAACGGAUUCUAGAGCAAAUACAGCAACGAAAAGAUAUGCCAAUCACUAAGGAUCGAGCCUUUGAGAUAAUUUCUCAAUGCUUGGAUGAUGUGAAGUUAAUUGAUGUCGAUAGAGGAAUAAUAAUAGGCAAAUCGAACAAGCUUGAUCGUUCACGAAUAUACCAUGAUAAUUUUAGUAAUAUGCUAAGCAAACACAAUAUUAUUGAUGAUACAGAAAGUUUGGAUGAUUAUGAUGACAC